AUGUGGAACUUCACAGUAAGGGCAGUUAUGAAACCAGAUAUUACUGGCAUUGAUGCAUUGUCGGCGAAAAGUAUGGAUCUCACUGAACAACGACCAAUAAAAGAUUUAAAAGCUGAAGAUUUCUUUUUAGGUAAACAACUGUUGUCACGUAGCGAUUUGAAGCGCACAAUUGAGCAAAGCGGCGCGUCCUAAAUCUUUACCUCAUUGCCAUUGUAUUUUCUUGUGCGCGAAUGUGUGAGCAAUCAUUUAGUACUGUUAUAUUUAGCAUUUUUUCAAUAUUUCACCUCUAAAACCGACAGUACCACGAAACUAGAUUGGGCCGCCAUUCACGCUUUUGACCUCGAUACAGAAACCUAGAUUUAUAGAAGGUGUUAAUCACUGUUUUCAAUAACGCCCAUAAAAUGGAGAACUACAAAGAGAUCGGUAACAUUUCAUGACAUAUAUUUAUUAAAUUAUACAAAUGUUUCGGCGAAUAUUAAUAUUACUACUACGUCAAUUUCUAAUAACAAGUAUUAUAAAGCUCAAUAAAAAAACUAGUGAAAAUAUAAUCCAUUAUGUAUAUUUUAUUUCAUCGUAGAUUCGUAUCCAGACCUUAAAGAACUUCUUCAAAACAGAUACGACGCUUAUUUGAUUGAAGCCCUUCAUAUGGUCAUACAUGAACUAGACGUCACAUACGCUGAAUUUAAAGAAAUGACUGAAAGUGAUUUUGACAGCUAUGUCGAAGAGUAA